AUGUGUCUGUGUCAGUGUGUUGUUGCGACUAGGCAUAGAAAGUUUGUCCGACUGAGGACAGAUACCGAGCCAGACACCUCUGGCUUUCCAUUCGUCCUCCUUUUGCACGUCAAACCAGUCGGCGUCGAGUCUGAACUUUGCCGACUGGCCGGGCAACGCCUUCAGCCAACCAGUGUCAUGGCGAAAACGGAAUUGGCCGAUUUGUCAGUUCGGAAAUCGGCGAUACGUGUAGGCCACACGUACAGCCGGCAUUCACAAAGUCACAAGGCGAAAAAGCAAUCUCGAAUAAGUGUUAUAGAUCCGAAGAGUAGCUGCGUUUCGUUUAAUAUCUUGACAGCACAUCUUUGUGGAGACUUUAUUUCGAAUGUGUGA